GAGACCUUUCUACUGUGUACACUGAUUGAAUCUUGACUAGUUUACAGCCUACAGCAACAGCAUGAAUUGCCCAUGAGUUACUUAAAAGUCAAGAACAUAUUCACCGCGAUUGUUAUCGCAGCUCAUCUCGCACCACAAUGAAGCCCACAGCCGAUGUGAUUAUCCUCUCCUCGUCGCCAGAACGCAUACCGAUUCACACCCCAGUACCGUUGGAACAUUCAGAGACAUCAUUCCGACUUUCUGCGCGCUGUCAGUCUUCGUCUCCGGUUCUUUCGCCGUCCGAAUUAUUCGAAUUUUCAUCACGCUCCAGAUUUUUCGCCGCGACAGGACAAACCAGGCCCGAUAAACCGGGAUCGAAUGCGCAAGACACGACUGUGGAGGAACCCACUGCCAGAAUUAUAGAUGGAGCACCUGCGGAGGACAAACCACAAAGGAGGGGUCGAAAACAUAAGAAUGCACCGCAGUCUGUCACAGGUGUCUUUGACGAAUCUGUUUCGGGGAACAAAGAAAAAGCGUUGACGAAGCCCAACACCACGAGGAAGAAGCGCACUAACGCUGGACCCCAGCGCGAGAAACUUACGAACAAAACCAUAACCGGGAAGGUUGCAAAAUCUGGGACAGUAAAAUCAAAGGAGUCGCAUGCUAAAGCAGUUGACGAACAAGCAACCUCGAAACCGGCGCGCGGACGAAGUCCAAGCAAGGAACCUGAACAUGACUGGGAGAAAGAUGGUCUACAACUGGAGACGGCACUGAAAAGACGGUUGGACUGGACCCCGGUAAAGGAAACUACCAAAUCGGUAGCCGAAUUAGAUGACGAAGACGGUACAGAAAGAGGGAGCGGCACUCUCAGUAUUUUAGUUUCAGAGUAUGAGUAUAAUGGGAAUUCCAGCACUUGGAAAAAUCGUCAGACUUUUGAGGAAAGCAACCCGACAAAGCGCAGGCGAAUAGAGCUUGUGGACUCCCGGAUUAUCCCUUAUAAUGGAGUUGGCGGAGAAAACACGCGCCCUUCGGCAGUCUCAAAACAGGAGAAAAAGCCAAUGAAGCGAGCCAAGAAGCUGACGACGCUGACAGCGCGAGUAACAGCGGCAUACCACAAUGAAUCUACGGAGAGCCUGGAGUCAGCGACGGAGGACACCUCUGUCGCUGGGAAGAAUACGACAGGCCGGGGGUCGCGCAGUGGAAAGACUAAAAAGAAAGCAAAUCAAAACGCAGAAUUCAAAGUCCCAAGAACUAUUGUACUUUCUCCCGAGGCAGCGGUUAGGUCCUUAGAUGACCAGGACCUGAUUUUUGGGACCUGCAGCCAGCUGGAGAGGGAAGAUUCCCCUACUUUACUAGUGCAGACGCAGACCGCAAUUCAAGAGUCGGAGGGGGAAUUGAUAUCUGCAACUGGUUCACGCUUAAACCAGAGUACAAGAUUCGGCCAACCUUCCUCCACUACGGUAUCGCGGUUCACGACACCUAGAAAUCUGUGGUCUUUUGCCUCGAGGGAUGCGGAAGGAUUGCUCGUUGAGGCCGAAGUUUUGGAUUUGGUUAAAACACCUGAAGCCCUCGAGAUAAUUGCCCCGAGGAAUGAUCAUUAUGAAGAGACAGAGAACGAAGGUGGAGACAUGAACGAUAAUAAUAAGAAGGUCGACAUACCUCCAGCAAAGGCACCUGCGGCUUCAGCAUCUACCGCCAUCGACAAGGAAUUGCCCGUAUCAUCUACGAAAAUUAUCAAGCAGACAGGUAGUAAACGCAAGGCCGCAACCAAGCCCUCGAUACCUCAUUACAGCGGCUUCACUGAUCCAGAACUCGCAAAGGAAGUGAGUCGCUAUGGCUUAAAAGCGAUAAAGAAUCGCAAGAAGAUGAUUGAGAUUCUCGAGAAAUGCUGGGUAGCCAAACAUGGACCAAGCACCCAGGAAGAAGACCGAGAUACGCAGGAAACCCAGCCUGCUGGCCCAGAACUGGCAUCUAAGCUCAUCGAAUCGGAAAAGGCGGAGAAAAGGGUCCGAAAGCCUAGAGCUCCUCAAAAGAAGGCAAGGACACAAGCUCAACCGAAGACCUCACUGCCGGCGAAGGGGGGAGGAGAUAUGUGUCUCACCACAAUCAAUCUUAGUGGCCCUAUAGCCAACUUCACUCUCGAAACGGAGAAAUCCCAACAACCCACACGAUCCUUCAUUGAUGUGGACGAAAUCCAAGACUCAGAAGAAGAACUAAUCCCAUCACCAAGCAGAGUCCAAAGUAAACUUCUCCCCCAACCCCAAGCAAGGCAAAAACUACCAACCUCCGCAGUACCCUCAAGCCCUAUCCCGACUAGACCUACAUCUCAAUCGAGAUCCAAUUCCUUUCUAUCCGAUACGACAAACUGCCACGAGAAUCCGCUCCCUGACCUAGGCAAACAAAUCGCCAAAGCUGUACGUGCACAGCCCCGACAAAGCUCAGCCCGGAACCACAGCCCACAGCCAAGCUGGCAGGAAAAAAUCCUCAUGUACGACCCUAUUUUCCUUGAGGAUUUUACUACGUGGUUGAACACGGAGGGUUUCAGUCUUGUAAAUGAGGACAGGGAAGUCAGCGCUAGCUUCGUCCGCGAAUGGUGCGAAAAUAGAGGAAUUUGCUGUUGUAACAAAGUUAGGAAUUCUUGACAUGGGUUUCCUUUCUCUUCCCUCCCCCCUCCUUUGCACCCUAGAUAGAGGAGAGUUUUCUUGGAGUUCCCGGAUUCAGUUGGGGGGGAGGGGGGGGUUUCUUACUUUGCUUUACUUUACUUUGAAUAUUGGAGUACAUACUACUCCCUAUAGCAAGUUGGGAUACCCC